CAUGUUUCAAUGCCUUCUUUAACUUUGAGGAUAUGCAGGAGAUCACCCAAUACUUUGCUGUCUGUCAUGUGGAUGCCCCAGGCCAGCAGGAAGGUGCAGCCCCUUUCCCAACAGGGUACCAGUACCCUACAAUGGAUGAACUGGCCGAAAUGCUGCCCUCCGUUCUUACCCACCUAAGUCUGAAAGGCGUCAUUGGGAUUGGAGUUGGAGCUGGAGCUUACAUCCUCAGUAGAUUUGCACUCAAUCAUCCAGAGCUUGUGGAAGGCCUUGUGCUUAUUAACGUUGACCCCUGUGCGAAAGGCUGGAUUGACUGGGCAGCUUCCAAAAUCACAUGCCUGACAACUAAUGUUGUGGACAUUAUUUUGGCUCAUCACUUUGGGCAGGAAGAGUUGCAGGCCAACAUGGACCUCAUUCAAACCUACAGAUUGCAUAUUGCCCAAGAUAUCAACCAGGAAAACCUACAGCUCUUCCUCAGUUCUUAUAAUGGACGCAGAGAUCUCGAGAUUGAAAGACCCUUGCUGGGCCAAAAUGAUAACACAAAAACAUUAAAGUGUUGUACGUUAUUGGUGGUAGGGGACAGUUCUCCUGCAGUUGAGGCUGUUGUUGAAUGCAAUUCUCGCCUGGACCCUAUAAAUACAACUUUGCUAAAGAUGGCAGACUGUGGGGGACUGCCUCAAGUGGUUCAGCCUGGAAAGCUCACCGAGGCCUUCAAGUACUUUUUGCAGGGAAUGGGCUACAUCCCGUAUGUGCAGCUCAGUCACCUGAGCACCGAGUCAGUACCAUCUGCCAGCAUGACCCGACUCACCCGAUCACGAACCCACUCAACCUCAAGUAGCCUGAGCUCUGGAGAAAGUCCCUACAGCCGGUCUCUCAUCAGCAAUCAGUCAGAUGGAACUCAAGGAGUCCCUGAGUCCUCUGAGGACCCAGACAAACAGGAGACCAUGGAGGUGUCCUGCUAAGCGGAUACCCCUCCUUGGGACUGUGCAAGUCCACCUGAUCACUCCAUUAUAUAAUGUGACAUUUCAUCCAGCCAACUGGCAUCUACUAUCCUUAACUCAUGCAUGGCCACUGAAUCUCUGUGGUAGCCUGAAUUUAUCAUUUUCUCUGCCCACCCUCCCUUCUUUUUCUAUAUACCAAGAACCACUUCCAUGUCAUUACUAUAACAUUCCAACAUCUUCGCUGAUCAACUCUCCAUAUCUUCUCUUGCCAGUUUUUUCCUGUGCUCUCCCAACUAUGUAUCUGAUAAGAUUCUUUAACCCCCAACUCCAUGUGUGUGCGAGCACGUGUGUCUGUGUUUGUGUAUGCGUAGUUCUGUAAUUUUAGACAUGCUUUCUUGUAGAGCUUGUGCAAAACAACAAAGGGACUUUUUUUUUCCUUUUUCAAUGGUAUUUUUAGGGGAAAUGUGCAGAAUAGAUUUCUAUGUUGGAUAGGCCACAGCAUUCUCUUUGGUUCCAAGUUGAUCAGUACAGUCUACAAAAUGACUUCAGCAGAGAGAAACUGAAGAGUGUGGAAGACCAUAAUUACUGUUUGGAACUCUGAUUAUUUGCAACCAAUAAGAGGAUGCUGAUUUCAUAGAGAGGUGGGCCAGGUGACAAGUCACCACCUUCUUUCCAAAUAAGUUCACAACUAUUUAUUCUAUAAAUAAGAGGAGAGAUGCCCAUGAAUACGAUUCUGAUGCAAUGUGGAGUUUUUAAGGAGUGGGCGUGGCUUAACUACUGGGCUCUCGUAGCGAGGUCUCAGCUUUGCGAGGGCUAAAUGGCUGUCGCUGCAUGUCAGUUGUCACUAUCCAACCAACAAAGUGUCCACAAGAAGUGCCUCCCACAUUUGUGGCAGAGAAAUGUUUUCUCUGCCCCUUCCAAAAAACCCAACUCAUUGCUCCUAAGUUAAUUCUGACACUUAGGGACACUAUAGGA